AUGACCCAUCCAGAUUUCCCCGCAAGAUUAGUUGAUUUGACCUUGAACGACUCGACUCAUCACCCUUCCCUGUAUGCCACGCUGAAGUCGAUUCGCAAGUCCACCCUCUCAAUUCCAAAUCGCCUUACCUCCAUUCUUGCUGACGCCAAAUUUGUCAAAACAAUAUCCCAGCAAUACAACUUGCCGCUGGUCGCCAACGAGCGUUGUGGUAGCUGGUACAUCGACCCGACUGAUAAAAUCGGCAGUACGUAUUUCAAAAGUACAGAUGGCCACCACGGACAAUGGGACUUUUCUCCGCGCAGGCUCAAUCUGCAGCUUCUUCCGAUCCUAGCCGCUUAUGGCGGUGCAAUCGUGGUCGACUCAACUCGUCGUGGCAAGAAUCUGCCGGAUGCAUUCAGCAAGACUGUACCAAUAUGGGCCGCAGUUAUCAAUAAAGCACUGUUCCCUGAAAUACCUUCAGCGCACAGGCUUCAGGCUCCACCUCCACCAAAUGACCUAGGUCCGUCAGAGAUAUCGCAGAUCGAAGCCCGGCUUGAAGGCUUUACGAAGACUUUCACCAAACUAGGGCUAGACUUAGAACACUUGCGGAAGCAGCUGGGGCGUCCUGUGCGGCUAACCUGGGUGAUCAACGGCUAUCCUGGUGUUGAGCGUGGCGACGAAGCAAACCUGCCCCUCUCAAGCUCAAGCUCUGCACUCGAGCACUCACACAACCUUGUGCUCUGCUCCGCCUCUCGUCGCGUUCGUGGUGCCGAAAGCUCGGAAGCUGGGUACAUCCAAGGUGCCGGUGAUGACAGCGAAGGAUGGUCGCACGGACUCACUGCUGAACUCUUCUGGGGACAUAGAGAGCGGUUAAUGGAGACUCCAGAAGAUGAACUCCCUGCUCUGAUCGAGGCAUUACUUGAAGAAGAAAAUGAAGAGCGUGGCACAGAGAUUGCGGUUACGAGAAUCCUUCCAACCUCCAACAUUUAUAUCGCAGUUGGCUCCGUCACGAGCUUGGAUGGUUUCGACCUGAUUGUCAAUUGUCAAGGCGACGAAGGAGGCUCAAUGUCAAAGGUCCUUUGGUUAAACUGUCACAAUGGCAAACUCGGGAGCAAAGACCUUCGCGAAAAGCUUCCUGGCGUCAUCAGUGUCAUCAGCAAUCAGCUCUGCAAGCAUCCCCAAAGCAAGAUACUGAUCACUUGCUCAACUGGCAAAGAUCUUAGUGUCGGUGUUGCAGUCACGAUUUUGUGUUUGUGCUACGACGACGAAGGCCAUUUGCGAGAGGUUGAUGGCCGGUUGCGCGUCGAGAAAGAACUUGUUAGGCGAAGGCUAGUCUGGAUCAUCUCCUCCAAACAGGAUGCAAACCCGUCGAGAGCGACACUGCAAGCCGUGAAUUCUUUCUUGAUGCAACGUCCGGACUGA